AUGUGCCUCUGCAGCCCCUCAUGGAGCAUGUGGCCCGGGGAACAGUCAGCGGAUGUGCCUCUGCAGCCCCUCAUGGAGCAUGUGGCCCGGGGAACAGUCUGUGGAUGUGCCUCUGCAGCCCCUCAUGGAGCAUGUGGCCCGGGGAACAGUCUGUGGAUGUGCCUCUGCAGCCCCUCAUGGAGCAUGUGGCCCGGGGAACAGUCUGUGGAUGUGCCUCUGCAGCCCCUCAUGGAGCAUGUGGCCCGGGGAACAGUCUGUGGAUGUGCCUCUGCAGCCCCUCAUGGAGCAUGUGGCCCGGGGAACAGUCUGUGGAUGUGCCUCUGCAGCCCCUCAUGGAGCAUGUGGCCCGGGGAACAGUCUGUGGAUGUGCCUCUGCAGCCCCUCAUGGAGCAUGUGGCCCGGGGAACAGUCAGCGGAUGUGCCUCUGCAGCCCCUCAUGGAGCAUGUGGCCCGGGGAACAGUCUGUGGAUGUGCCUCUGCAGCCCCUCAUGGAGCAUGUGGCCCGGGGAACAGUCUGUGGAUGUGCCUCUGCAGCCCCUCAUGGAGCAUGUGGCCCGGGGAACAGUCUGUGGAUGUGCCUCUGCAGCCCCUCAUGGAGCAUGUGGCCCGGGGAACAGUCUGUGGAUGUGCCUCUGCAGCCCCUCAUGGAGCAUGUGGCCCGGGGAACAGUCUGUGGAUGUGCCUCUGCAGCCCCUCAUGGAGCAUGUGGCCCGGGGAACAGUCUGUGGAUGUGCCUCUGCAGCCCCUCAUGGAGCAUGUGGCCCGGGGAACAGUCAGCGGUCAAUUACAAUCUAG